CAAUCUCUCUUCAAUUAACAUCAAAUGUGAAGACCCGAAAAGAAAAAACUUCAGCCAGUCGAACAAAACCCUAAAAUAAGACUACAAUUUACUAAUCAGCUUAUGCUAUUUCGAUCGCGGACGCUUACAGAGAUCAUUACAGACGAAUUUGGAGAUCUCCACUUCUUUGAGUUUUUCUGCUAUGAGGACUCGUAGUGCAAAUCCUGACCCAAAAUCUGAUUCAGGAAAGAAAGUACCUCCAAAGAAAGGAGUAAGUAAAACCCCAACAAAAACGGAUGUUUCAGAUUCCAUGAAAGAAUCUGCAGUAGUUUCUACUGAGAAAAGGACUGAAUCAACACCUGGAGACAAGGUAUCAAUAACUGACGAUCAAGGCAGGCAGACAACUCCAAAGGCGCUGAGUUCUAAAUCAGGAGCAGGUGAUAAAACCCCAGCAGAAGGGAUGAGAGAAGUGAAAGGAAACACAGGACCACCUAAAUCUGCAGAAAAGAAAGUUACAACAAUGGACAAAGUUGGUGCAGAUGCAAAGACUAAAAUUGCUGCAACAUCUAAGACAAAAGGAAUUGAUGCUCAUAAACUCAAAUCUACAGAAAAUUAUUUGUCACAUUCCCAGGUGAAAAAUUCUGGCUCCAGUGAGGAGAAACAGAAACAUGCAGUUAAGGUAGGACAGAAAGAGGUUAGAAUAGAUGAGAAGGUAGUGAAGGGGACUCAGGAUAUGAUUGGGAAAUUAACUGCAGGCACUGGUAAAGCCAAAGAAGAUUCUUUAUCCAAAAAAGUUGUUGCAGAAGGCAGUGAAUCCAAGGCAGAAAAUGUUGUAGAAAGUCAGCUUGACCCAGAGGUAACCAUGGAGUCUGGUGGUGAGGAAGGUGAGGAAGAAGUGGACCAUGAAGAUUUAGAGCAUGAAGGUGAGGAAAUUGAAGAAUAUGAUGGUGAAGAAGGGUAUGAAGAAGCAGAGGGUGAAGAGGAUGAGGGCAAUUAUGAAGAUGCUGAGGCAGGUGAAGAUGAACUUGAGGAAGAUGUGGAACAACAUGAAAUUGAAAUGCCCGCUGUUGUUCAGGAAAGGAGAAGAAAAAAGGAACUUGAGGUUUUUGUAGGAGGAUUGGACAAGGAUGCAGUUGAAGAGGAUCUAAGGAAGGUGUUUGCGCAAGUUGGAGAUGUAGUUGAAGUGCGCUUAUUGAGGAAUCCACUAACAAAUAAAAAUAAAGGUUUUGCAUUUGUUGGAUUUGCAACCACAGAAGAAGCAAAGCGUGCUGUGGCUGAGCUGAAAAAUGUUAGCAUUCGAGGAAAGCGUGUUGGUGUGGCUCCCAGUGAGGACAACGAUACCCUUUUUUUGGGUAACAUUUGCAAGACGUGGACAAAGGAAGCAGUAAAAAAGAGGCUUAAAGAUUAUGGAGUAGAGGGUCUGGAAGAGAUCACCUUGGUUGGGGAUACACAGAAUGAAGGAUUAAGUCGUGGGUUUGCCUUCCUUGAAUUUGGUACACAUAUGGAUGCAAUGAAUGCAUACAAACGGCUUCAGAAGCCUGAUGUUAUUUUUGGAGGUGACAGAACUGCCAAAGUGGCAUUUGCUGAGCCCCUUCGUGAACCCGAUGCAGAGGUCAUGGCCCAGGUCAAAUCAGUUUUUGUUGAUGGACUUCCACAAUUUUGGGAUGAAGACCGAGUGAAGGAACACCUGAAAACGUUUGGAGAAAUAGAAAAGGUUGUGCUGUCUCGUAACAUGCCAACUGCAAAGCGAAGGGAUUUUGGAUUUGUAAAUUUUGCUAGUCACGAGCAAGCUCUUGCAUGUAUUGAAGGUUUAAACAACACCAUGAUUAUUGAAGGAGAGACUAAGUUAAAGGUCAAAGUUAGACUUGCCAAUCCACUUCCAAAGAGUCAAGCAGUGAAAGGGGGAAUGCGUGGUGGAUUCCCCAUUGGCCACACUGGUAUUGGCAUUCGAACCAGACCAGGUUGGAGAAAGCUUGGAGUUGGUGAAAGAUAUCCUUUCAAGAAAAUAGGGAUCUCACGAGGGAGGGGUUUUAUCUCUAGAGGGCAUGCUCGGGUGCUUACAAGUCGUGGUGGAAGAUUAUCAGUCAAAGAUGAUGAUGAUGUAAAUGAUUUGUUUCGUACUUUCCGUGAACAGCUUAUUCAUGAUGAAAGGCGCACCACUAGUGGUCGAGCUCGACGAUCAGCAGGGACUUUAAGAAGGGGUUCUUAUAGAGGUUAUUCAAGACAGAAUGAUGCAUAUUAUCGUCGAACAUCAGCUGCUGCAAGAGUGGGUGAAGACUAUGUCAGCAGGUCUGCUUCUGGAAACAGACCAGUAGCAUACAAGCCUAGCUAUGGGCCAAGGCGCAGCAGUUUGCCACAUGCUGGAGCAAGGACUGCCCUACCCAGAAGGCAAUCAUUUCCACCCACUGAAGAUGUCUAUAGCAGACGUCUGGAUAGAGAUCUUGAGGACACUCGCCUUAGACCUGAUACAUACACAUAUGAAGAUGCCAAUCCUGGAACAAAGCGUCCAUAUGCUGCAGUGGAUGAACAUUCAGGAUAUGCUGAACCUAGUAGAGGUCAUACUCGGACUCGUUAUGAUUAUUCUGGUCCUGUUUCCAGUGGUGCACGUUACUCGGGUCAUCAAACACUUGCCACUACAUAUGAUGGUCUUGCAGCAGAUUCUGUUGGAACUGGUACCGGACUCUAUUCCUCUGGUUAUGCAGGGACUAGUGAUUACUAUCGUUCUGAUGUGGGUGGUAGCUCUUAUUCAUCCCUCUAUGGAGGCAGCCGUACGCUGGGAGGUGGCUCCUAUUAUUAGAGUGCAACACUUGUAAGUAGUUCCAGCAUAACCAGUCAAAGUACCAGUAACAACAGAGGCAAAUCCCUUGCAAAACUUGACAUGCACAUAAUGAGGGACAGAAAUAAACAUGCUGGAAUAUAGGAAUAAUGACAAGCAAAUUCGGAUUUGUUAGGGAAUUUGAUCUCUUGCUUUGUAUACAUGAUUGAUAUAGUGAUCAUAAAGUAUUAAAAGUAAAGGUAAGGAAGGGGUUAGACUCAGAAUACCUGUCCUGCUUGGCUAUUUUAAGCACCUGGAUUCCUCGAUCCAUAGACCAAAUUUGGAUAAAGAAAAUGGCCAGAAUUCAAAGAAACUAUUGAACAAAAGCUAAUCUCUGUACUGGCAUCCACUUCAGCAGUUUUGAAAUCAUGAAGAUAGUUUGUGUACUUGUAUAUAAUGAUGGAUUAACAGAUUUUGAGAGGGUUGAAGUAAGGUUGCUAGAGUAUUUCUUUACAAGUCAUGGGAUUGAAGCAAUCGUGUGACAUGAUUUUAUGAGAUCAUGGCACUAUUAAGCUACAGAAACAAGUCGUAUUGCCUUUAUUACGCCAACUAGAUUUCAUAAAACCUUUAUUACACCUCCAAAAGCAAUUAAAAGACAAAAGAGUAUUUCAAUAGCAAUGAUAAUACUUUUUUUAUGUGGAUUGCCCUUUAAUAAGGGCUUAAGCAAUGUGAAUCAAAACCAUGAAACACCAGCCCUAUCAAUUUAGAUGCUCUAUGUCAUAUUCACACCAGUCCUUUAUGUGGAUUGCCCUUUAUGAGAGCAUGGCACUAUAAAGCUACAGAAAGAAGAGUAGGUACCACAAUGGACACAAUUUAGCAGAACCUAGAGUCUCAUUACCACGGAGGAGUAGUUUUGCCAUGGAAUUUUGUAGUGCAUGUAGUUGAAAUGGACAUGAAGUACAGAUCAUUAUUUACUAAGCAUUAUUUUUUGGUUCCCGAAGACUGAUUUGAAGUUCAAAGAGAGUUAUGUGACAUUAGAAUUUGAUUUUUUUUGAUGUCAUCCUGAUUCAUAAUUUUAUUUACUAUCAGUUUCAAAACUGACGGGAUAUCAUUGUUGUAAAGGUAUUUCUUAAAGACGCCAGUCCUGGUCAAAUGACUUGAGAUUAGAGAGUGAAGGGGGGCUUAAACUAAGUGAUUUUUAGAAGUCAGUAUUUCACAUCUUUGAUUAGGAUGACAGUAAACUAAUAUGUUUACUGUCAUCCAUGCUGAUUUUCAGAAGUCAAUAGCAGAUUAUGCUUAAUUCAACUUUAUAUUCUAGAAUAAAAGUUAUCCUUAUGCAAAGUACUGGAGAGGGCCAAAAUAUCCUUUUUAAGUUGUUAUUGCAAAGUUAUUUCAAAGUGGUUUCCUUUACAACUUCAAAAGCUGACGUUUUAAGUAAAUUGAACAUGUCCCGUAACUAAGUCUCCUAGAUUUUCGCUUCAUGAAUUACAUAUAAUAUUGCUGAAGUUCUCAUUCAUUAUCUCCAUAUUUGAUAAGGGUGCAUGAUAUGAAAAUAUCACUAUGUGAAUAUGACAGAGCAUCUAAAUUGAUAGGGCUGGUGUUUCGUGGUUUUGAUUCACAUUGCUUGAGCCCUUAUUAAAGGGCAAUCCACAUAAAAAAAGUAUUAUCAUUGCUAUUGAAAUACUCUUUUGUCUUGUGCGGUUGCAUUAAUUGCUCUUGGAGGCGUAAUAAAGGUUUUAUGAAAUCUAGCUGGGGAAAGCCCUUGUGAGAUCUUGGUUGCCCUUUUGCUGGUGCAAGAUUUAUGGAAUACAGUCGGAGAAAGGCCUAAUUAAAUCUUGAUUGCCCUCCUACUGUAUUCAUUAUUGAAGAGUUAACUAUUGUAUCAUUCCAUUGUAACUUAUCACAUCUCUUUUUUAUU